AUGAGUGAGGAAUUUCGAUUGUAUGACCUUCGCGUGGAGGUCAUAUGCCCAACAGGAGAGCGAAUCAUGUGUGGUGCUAAAGAAGGCGACUUCUUUACUCUUCAGGGAGAGAUGAUGUUUUUGCCCCCUGGACAAGGAAUGAGUAUAUACAGCUUAGGUUCUGUCUUGCCUUUACUGGCGGCCAAACAACGCAUGACAGACAAAAACGAUUGGAUGACAACGGAUGCCUUGAUUGCGUGCCCUGAUCCUCAUUGUCCAUCAAAGCUCAAGAUUGUACGAACCGGCAUCAGAAGCUUUAACCAUUCUGAGACUACUGUCGUUCCGUUAGACAAGCCGGCAGGUGAGGAUCUCUAG